UGGAAGAGGCAGCUUGACGAGGAACCAGCCGUAGCCAACCACGGUGGUUGGUGAGGCAGGUAGUCGAGCGACGAAUCAGGUAGAUUCGUAGUCAGUGUGACCCGUGGUAGACGCGUAGGCAGGAACGGCGAGACUCCGAGAAUCUUCGCUAACGGAAAAGAGAGUAGUGGAGAGGUAGAGCGGAAGGCGCACGUCCCGGACGGCGGUGCUGCACGACCACGUCGUCGUCCAUCAUAGUUUCCGUCCCGUUCGUCCGACUACGUGAAGGUAGUAGCGAUACAACGACGACGACGACAUCGUCGCGUAAUCUCGCGCUGUCCACGCCGACGGCGACGCGACUGCUGCUGCGGAGACUGCGAGGGAGAGAGACAGAGCGAGGGGACGCCGCGAGCUCUCUCGAGAGAGCGGCGACAUAAUAACGAUGGCGACGAUAUCGACGAUUACGGUGACGACGGUCACGACAACCACAACGACGGAGACGUCGGCGACAACGGUGCAGGAAACAAACGCGGCAUCAUCCUCGUUGCCCUCGACCGCGACAACCAUGGAGUCGAAGGAACGUUACGACGAGCUCUGUCGCCUGUGCGCCUCCUACAACGCGAUCAGGAUGAACAUAUUCGGCCAGGAAGGCAAGAACCGACAACUCGUCGACAAGAUUCAGAUAUUGCUGCCGUUCAAGAUAUUGGAAGAUGAUUGUCUACCAAAAGUUCUGUGUUAUCGAUGCAUGUUUAACUUGGAGAAUUUUUAUGAUUUUCGAACUGCGUGUGUGCACGCAGCUGCUUGGUUGAAAAGAAAUAGUCCAAGAGAAGGCGCGGACGAUGACGGCGCGAAUGAUAGCGCGCAUUGCAAGGACAUGCAUCUCAAGGGAAAGGAAAACAUGCCGGUACUUAUCCCGGAGGCGCCUGUGGUCAAUCCUAACGCGGCGUUAGGUACACCACCGAGAUUAAAUUUCGAUGGUGAGGCAGAUCCCGAGAUUGAAGAGAUCGUCGACACAAGCGAAGGUACGGAUGAAGCAACAGUGGCCGACGAUGCAGAAGACAGGAGAUCGGAAUACGAAUACUACAUGGACACCAUUCCAAGUGAUUUUUUGGAGCAAACGCCAAUGGUAACCGAGGAGACGGAGGAGUGCGGCGCAAACAACACGGUGGCCGCUCAGGAUACCUCCGUGAUCUACCCGCACACGUCGCAGCAACACGAACUCUAUGUCUGUUCACGAUGCAACAAGGCAUUUAGCUCGAAGGGUCACUUGUCGCUGCACGCUCGGAUUCAUGCGGGUGAGGGCGACGUGAUCGGCGAAAGGGUGAUCACUGACGACCACACUUCCUAUCAGCGACCGUACCAAUGUGAUCUUUGCCAUAAAUCGUAUUCUACCGCGAAGCAUCGCUGGGGACACGUCUCUUCGGCGCACAAGGGACAUCCUGCGGUAACGUGCGCGUAUUGUUCGCGAAUAUACUCGACGCGAUACAAUCUCAAUGAGCAUAUAAAAUCACGACACGCUGGUCUACCACCGCCUCCGGAGUUACCGGUUUCCUUUUCCCGUGCGGAGACUCGCUAUCAGUGUCAGACGUGUCCGAUGGUGUAUACAGAUCUGGCGGAGUUCAAUGCACACCGUCAGCUAUGCUUCGAAGAGCAGCGUACUGAUUUAUUGGCGCAAGCCGAGGCGCAGAACAAUAAGGGUUUGGAUGAUACAUCCGACAUUUCGAGUAUAGACUCGGACGACGAGAACAGAGACUUCAAAAACGCCGAGGCUAAAUUGGCGAAAAAUCCGCAGUUGACGAUAUUAAAGCAAGCACUGACCAAGGGAGACGGCUUAAAGCGGAAUUACGACGACGAUGGUUCGUUGUACGGCAAAUCGAGGAAGAUUAUAAAGACCGAAAGUGGAGACACGAGUUCUCAGAAGAGAUGGUAUUGCGAGACCUGCCCGCAGAGUUUCACAUCGGUGGAUAGUCUGAAGGAGCACGAGAUCAAGCAUGACGCGGAGAAGCCAUUUAUUUGCAUACUCUGUAAGAAGGAUUUCGUUUUGAAGUCCUCGUUGAGCAGGCACAUCAUAACGUUACAUGGCGUCGAUCCCACCCCCAUUAUCGACAGCGACAAGUGUCUAAAGGCGACCGUGUUGUCGCAGAAUUGGAACGAUCGGAUGGACGUAAGCGUUUACGAGCAAAGCGAAAUGAAAGAACCACCAGAGUUCUCAUCGUCACCUGAAGCGACCCUGGAAAUUGAUGAGAAAGACUCCAAAAACAACCACGAUAAUAUGAUAGAAAUCGAAACAGUAUUUGUAUGCGAAAUUUGCACGAGAGACUUUAGUGACCGAGCGUCGUUGUGGUUACACAUACGAGCGACGCAUAAGGAGCUGGCCGCAUUCGCCUGUGGGGUCUGCUUAAAGAUCUGUUCCGAUAACGAGCAGCUUCAGAAUCACGUCAACAUGUAUCACGGAGGAUCGAAGCUUCUAAUUUCGGAGCAAAGAAGGUAUAGCUGUACGAUAUGUGGUAGACAACACGACUCGAGGAAGAAGCUAAUUGCUCACGUCUCGAUACACAACAUUGAUUCCGGGUUUGAUCCCGCGAAUUUUGUACAGUUAAAUAGUAAUUACUACAAUGAGAAUUUGAAUGGUAAUGAGGGCAACGAGCAAAUAAUAGAUUUCGACGGGGAGGACGGCGAGAAGGUUGACUGCUACAUUUGUUACAAAUCCUUCCCGAACGAGGAUCAUCUCAUACGGCAUCAGAGAAACGCUCAUAAGUCUGAACAGAUAGUUUCAUUGGGAGACGGUGCGGGAGGUGCAAGUGCGCUUAGCGUUAACGGCAAUAAGACGCAGUAUAAUUUCUUUUUCGUGUGCGAGGUAUGCGGCAAUUCCUUUUCGAGCAAAUGGGAACGCUGGCUGCACAUCAACAAUAUGCACAGCAACGAAGCUUCCAUUAAGUGCGAAUGGGAGGACUGCGGGAAGAUAUUCGCGACGAAGUCGUUGCGCAACGAGCACGCCCAGCAUCAUUUGAUGCAGGGCUCGUCGCCGAACACCUGCGAGGUGUGUGGGAAACUGUGGCCUACCCGCGUCGACUACUGGAAACACGUGAUGGGGGUGCACUCGGACACGGUGCCCCUGAUCUGCGGUGUUUGCCUGAAAGUAUUCUCCGACGUGUUGCAACUAAGCGCGCACGUGAAGACGAAGCAUUGGCCGCUGACCAAUGGUGAUUUUAGCUGUGAUAUUUGCGGUAGACCGUAUUCCAAUAAGUCGAAGAUGUCCCGACACAGGAAGAUUCACGGCUUAGAAGCGGCGAUAGACGCCGCGUGUGAUAAUAGCAGCAUUAACGAGACGACGAACGAGUCGUCCAAGCCCGACAACAACGGCGCGGCGGAGAUGGAACUGAACUGCGAGCAGUGCCCUGAGCUGAGGUUCUCCACCUUGGACAGUUUAUGCAAUCAUCGACGGAUAGUGCACGGGCUAUUUCCAUGCGAUCUGUGCAACAAGUGCUACGGCAGAACGUCGCACUUGUGGAAGCAUGUGAAUAGGGUGCACAAGGGUCACGUGGACGUGACUUGUCCGUACUGCUUGAAAACGAGCGCAUCGAGGGAUCAUCUGGCGGCGCACAUCGCGAAGAUCCACAGGUACGAGCCCGCGGUGAGCAAGGACAACCAGAAUUACGUCGCUUCUAAGUCCCUGACCAUGGAGGACGGCGUUUUGCAUUACUGUGAAAAGUGCAACAAGGGAUUCCACAAACGCUACCUGCUGCGACGUCACAUGAAAGGCUGCCAAAACUACCGUAAGGACCCGGGUGCGCUGCUGACUCGCUGCCGGGCGUGCGAGAGGAUAUUCAAAGAUCGUGCGAGUCUGCAGAAGCACAUUGAGAAUCAUCACAGCACGUAUACCUGCCACCUGUGUAACGAGACGAUCACGUCCAAGUUGGGUAUCAUGACGCACAAUCGUGUCAACCACAUGGAUCAUCCGGACCUGACGUGCGAUCACCUUGGCUGUAAGAAACUUUUCCGCACCAAGGAGGACCUCGAGGCUCAUCGGAAGGAUCACAAGUACCACAGCAAUCCGAACGUCUGCGAUUUCUGCGGCGACACUGUCGAGAACAAAUUGAAACUGAAGAUGCACGUAUUGUCGUUACAUCGGAACGAGAUUGGUGUAUCUUGCGGCGUUUGUUUGAUUCCGAUGAAGGAUCCCAAAGAUUUGAAGAAGCACGUGGAGGCGGAACAUGGCAGCGUUCUCUCCAAAGCAAACACCUGCCAGGUAUGCGGCAAGCAAUACGCGUCCAAGUGGAAAGCCUUUGAUCACACAAAGAAGUGCCAUGGGAAGGUGUUCCUCACGUGCAAGCAGUGCCUAGCAGUCUUUACGGAUGAGAACAGCAUACGCGAUCACUACGAGCACGUGCAUAAUGUACCGAAGGAUCAAUUGGCCGCUUUCGAGUACAGGAUGGAGGUUGGCGUGAAGCGCGAGGGUUACGAGACCCCCGACAUCAUCGUCAAGGAGGAGCCAGACGAUCUCGAGUUCGACGAGGAGAUAUGCGACGAGAGCUCGAACGACGACAACUCCCGUAAACGUAAGCAAUCGUCGAAUGACACGUACGACUGCGAGAUGUGUCCCGAAGUCUUCCUCAACUUGGACACGCUCGCGCGACAUUAUCAGAAUAUGCACAACACCGACCCCGUUCGCAUGUUCAAAAAGUUCCGGAAGGAUGGCGGUGACGGCAAGCGCAAGAUGAGAAACAGGAAUAAUUUCGAGUGCAAGAAUUGCAAGAAGCAAUUCUCCACGAAAGCGCUAUUUUGGAAUCAUACCAAUGUAUGCACGCGGCGAGGUAUUCUCGGCAGGUCGGACAUGAUGAACAACGUGCCAACGUCGAUUCUAGAGUCCCACUUGACGAAUAACAAUCAGAUGUCGAGGGAGGAACCGAUGCCGUUGCCGAAUGAGUCCAACCUGAAUAUUCCCGACUUUAAUCUAUUCGAGGGCAUUAAUCUGCAGUUGUCAGGCCAGAAACCUGUGCCGAAUCUCAUGCCACUAUCGCAGGUGAAGCCAACGGGUAACGGCAAGUGCUCGAGGAAGGACUCGCGCAAGGUGUACGACGAAUCGACCAACACCGAGUGCACCUGCGAGGUGUGCGGCAAGCAAUGGCCCGCCAAGAAGCACCUGUGGCAACACCUAAUUCGUUUCCAUCGCGCCGAAGCUGCCGUCACGUGCGGUGUGUGCCUGAAACUGUGCAAAUCCUAUCAAGAUCUGACUAAUCACCUGAGAGCCCAGCACGCCCCUGCCCUGUCAUCCGAGGGAAAUAAUUUCACGUGCAAGACAUGUGGUAGAUAUCACAACGCGCGGAGCAAAUUGCUGCUGCAUAUGAGCAUCCACAUCGGCAACUUCCGAUGCAAGAAUUGCCAGCAGGGUUUCGCGAACGAGAAGAAGCUUGCCGAGCACGCGACGAGCUGCAGCAGUAAAUCAGAAUUGGAGGAUCACGCUGUAGCGGACGAGGACAACGCGAAAAAUGACAACGAUGAGAAGGGCAGUUUAAUCGCGGACGAGACCUCGGUCAUCGGGGAAGCGGAGGAAGCAGAUUUCGAGUCGGAGGGCGAUGGGAGCAGGGACAUACCCGACGAAGACAGUAAUAGCGAUGACAAUUCGCAAAACAGUGAAGAUUCAGAUAGCGGCAGUAACAGCAGUUCGAGUGACGACGAAGAAGAGGAGGAGGAAGAGGAAGAGGAAGAGGCAGAGGCAGAGGCAGAGGAGAAACAAGAAGGCGAGGAGGAAGAGGAAGAGGAGAACGCAUCUUCUGAUGCGAAGACCGGGCUUGAUACGAGGAGCACCAGCCGAGCAAGCGGUAUAUCGUGUAAUUCGGAUGAGUCGGAUUCAGAUGAAGCGAAAGUGAUUGAACACGUGAUGCCGAAGAAAAUUGAGCCGCAAAUGAGCAAUCUGAAUAGAUUCAGAAUACGCAAUGAAGGUCUUCAGGAAACGUCGUCGAUGGAGAAGAGUGCUGAAGCUCAAAGGAUCAAUACGGCUAUGGCAACAGUUGCAGAGCAAGCUAAACCGAGCAAUAUGAAUAACGUGUCGGUUCCCGGCUCGUCUGCGAGCGUGGACAAACUCGAGGCGUUGCAUCUCGAAGAAUCCAUGAAAGCUGCAACGAACGAUGUAGAUUUAUCUGAGAACGAAAGUGAAAAUGAGGAAAAUAAUGAAAAUGAUGAAGAAGAGGAAGAAGAGGAGCAGGAAGAAGGAGAAGAGGAAGAAGAGGAUGAAGAUGAGGAUGAGGAUGAAGGCGAAGGCGAGAGUGAGAGUGAGCCUGAGGCUGAAGUUGAAGCUGAGGGUGAGGCUGAUGCUGAAGUGGAAGCUGCUGCUGAAUCUGCGGCUGAAGAUGAAGAUGAGGAAGAAAAUGAAAAUGAAAAUGAAAGCGAGGAUGAAAAUGAAGAAGAGAGUGAAGCCGAGGCCGAAGAGGACGAGGAAGAAGAGAAAGAAGACGUAGAGAAUGACGAAGAAGAACAACAAGAUGAUGAUGAUGAUGAUGAUGAUGGCCCGCCCGUGUUGAGUCCAAUAAUGCCUUUGUUACCAGAAAACGAGUCGGAGGAGCACAGCAACACUGCGGAUCGCACAAGGCACAAGCUCAGUCCGAUGGUUUUGUUGAGUGUGGUCAAGGAAGAAUGCGACAUAACAGAGAUUCAGAAUGACGGGGCUUCGUCGCACGCUGCAAGUUUCUUCGCAGCUAAUAACAAUGAUCUACCCGUGACGUGGGACGAGGAGUUGAACGAUAACGGCGAGCAUUGUGACUCUGAUGACGACAGGGAGAAGAACGAGGAAUACGGUAAGGAAUACGAAAAAGUAGACGUAAACGAGGGCGAGGACUUUGAGGAGAACUCCGCGGACGAGAGUGGCAGGGACGUAGGAGACAAUCAGGUGCAUGAGAUACAUAAUCUAGACGGAACUGUAUUAAUGGUGGCUAACGACGCGGAAGGUAAUCAGAUCUUGAUUGAGCAAAACGUGUUAGAUAUCGAUAAUGAUGACUCUAACGCCGAGGGUACGCAGUAUAUUUACCCAGAGACCGCUUACGAGAUCGAGGAGGAUUACGCGGCGCGAAAUGAGACCGACGCCAUUCAAACGGAUGAGAUACAGGGCAUAUCGUACGUUCAGGACACGUCGGAAAACGAGGAUAGCAUGGAGGAAAAGUACAGUAUCGAGGAGAAUAGUAGUGAUGUGCAGAAGUAAAUAGGAUGCGAGUGCCAAAACGAGGAGAGAGAAACAGCUCUGUAAAAAGGUGUAAGAUAAUACAACCUGAAGCUAUUUACCGUUGAGAUUCUCUAAACGAAAAUGUCAUAUGUACCUUGAAACACGAUACAACAUUGUACAGUAGAGAAUAAGCAAAAAUUGUUUGUAGCUUUGGGAAUUUUUUAAUAGAAUAUGCGUAAACGAGGGCCGCGAUGAUUCUCACGAGGAGAAUUUCGUUUUGACUGGGGGCGUGAAUCACGCUUUACGCAGCGUUGCAUACUUCCGAAAUAAUCCGUUUUGAGAAGUGAUCCUGAUCUUGAUUUAUCGAGCGUUGUAUUAUAGACAAUAUGUUAUUAUAUAGAUUAUUGUGAGACAUACGAUUUGCAGUAUCAUUUUUUUUUAUGUUUAUGAUCCGCGGGAUAUUAGGAGGUAUCGAGGAUUGAUUAUAAGGAGUACCGUUCAUUUACAUCGACAGCACUUUUUUGACAAUAAUACAUUCUGACUAUAUAGUCCGCGCCGUUCUAAGUGAGAUGCCAUCCGCUAGACAAUAGGACGCGAACUUAUGAAUUUAAUGAUGAUGAGUAGAAUCACGUCGAGCGUUUAAGGAAACGAUAUCGCGGAAGAUUAAAAUAAAACCUACAGGACACUCGGUUCUCAAUUUCCAGUCUUUUUCACCGUUUCCCUUAAAUGGUAUAGCUUUUUCAAAAAUGAUGAUCUGAUCAUGUAGAAGUAUGAAACAAGAAAUUACGACGGUCGCUAUGAAAGUGAUCGUCACAAAGUUAUAUUAGAAGUGUUAGAUAAAGCAUGUUACUUUUAAUACCAGAGUCAUUUGUACGCGAUCACAUGCUUGACCAAUUUCUUCGUAUUAAGACAUUUGAAGAUUAGCUUUCUGCGUUUCUCUAUACGAGUCUUUAUUCGUUAGUGAUAACAGAACUGUAUCGAGACAAGAUAAACCAUCGAAUGAAAAAUAUGCAUUAAAGAAAUCGUGAAUAUUACAGUGGAAGAGCAACAAGUACCAUCCACAUUUUACGUCGAGACAGAUUUUAACGUUCUAUUUAAGAUUCUUUUUCUUAGCGUAACGAAAAAGAACCGAAAAUUGCACACUCUUGCUAUAUUUUUAUGAAAAUGAAAAAGGAAGGAAUAAAGGGGUUUAUGUAAAUAAUAGCUUUAAAUGAUCAAUCUGUACAGUUAAGUAAUGCGAGUGUGUUUGUACGUGUGUAUAUGCCGAAUGUAUGCGUGUACGUCGAGCGAUAUAGACACGAUUGAAGACUUAUUAUUGAAGAAAGAAACGUACCUCGAUUAUAUAUUAAUUAUUAGUUGAGAUUAGUCUUACGGUAAUUUCUUUGUAUUAUAUUAAUUUAUCCGCCUUACGGAUAUUUUUUCAGUUUUCCGAUUUAGAUAAUAGAACGAACAUCAACGAGAGGGAGAGAAAGAGAGAAAACGAAACGUAAGAUCGUGUUGUAUUUAUAUCGAGAGAUUCAAAAUCUCCGAUCUUUUUAUAUGCGUGUGCUAUGUGCAGCGACGAAGAAUUAGAGAUGGUAAAAAGUUCAUAUCUACGUGCUCAUCUCUCCGUCGUCGUCGAUUCCUAACAACACGUCAGCGAUCUCCUUCUUUUCUUUAUUUAUUGUAUUCAUUCCAAAGUAAUAUUUAAGAUAUGUUAGAUUUUGCGAUCAAUAACCACAUACAUUGAUUUGCCAUUUGUAAUAUUACGCGAUUAUGUAUGAGUGAUCAGUUUGUUAUUGCACAAGGAUUGAAAUUAUGAAAGUAUAUACUGAACGAAUGAGACAAAAUUUUUAACACGAUAACGGUAACAUAUUCCAUCGGCGUUGUUUGCACAUUAUUUCAAAUUUUUAUUAUAAAACAAUGAUACGUUUUUUUUAUGAUAUUUAGAACAUGAGUUAAUGCUGUUGAACUAUUAGUACAUUUUAAUUUUGUAGCAUAAUGAAAACAUGAUUAUAAGAAUAUCAUUUUCAUCUGUAAUGCAUGUAUGCAAUUAAAAUAAAAAUAUGAAUUUGCCUUAAUUUCUGCAUAGAUAUCGUUUAAGUGGAUCUUGAAGUAUGAGAAAUGAGAUAAAAACAAUCGAUGGAUGGAAUUAAUAUUUUACAAAAAUGUAAGCUUUUUUUAAAUAUUAUUUUUAAAACAGUUCGCCUUGUUCUGUAGCAAAUCGAUCGCAAUACUAUACACAUCGUAUAAUACAAACUUGCGAGAAAACAUUAUAUGUAUAAUUUAUCACUCUCUCUAUAUUUGUUCAUAAUUCAAAUUACAAUAAUUAUUCUUCAUGUGUUUUGCA